UCCUCAAGACGUCGAACGGAGACAUCGGACCUGAAUAUGGCUCUUCUCAACCGGUCGUGCUGCGUCUGCUCCCUUAAGACGGGCACUCGCUACGUCGGCAUAUUUUACAUUGCCGUCAGAGCGUUCAUGCUUCUCCUGUACAUCACAACUCUGCAAGACCCCAAAAGCUGGAAAGAGUCGACGAACGACAAAUACGAGGCGUUGCACGACUUGCUUAUCCUGCUCAGCUGCGAAUGCGGCCUCAACAUCGUUGUGAGCGUCAUCCUGUUUGCAUCGACAGUGAAGCCUAAACGUUACCUGAUAUUACCUUGGCUCAUGUGGAACACCAUUGGUGUUCUCGUAGUGAAAGUCACAUGCAUCCACGUGGUCAUCGAGCGUUACCACCUAGACGUGAGUUGAUCUUUGCUUUUAUGGAUAUGCGUUCGUUUAUCUACAGGUUUCAUGCAACA